UGACGAUCGAAAGUAGUCGAUUUUGUACUGCUGAGCUCUCCGUUCAACGCGCGGGGAACCCCACAUUCUGUUGUUGAAUUCGUCCAGGGCGUCAAUGGAGGGCAGAGAGAACUUAUGGACCCGCCGCUCCAACACUAGUAAGCCCUCGCUGCCCUUGUCCCAACAGGAAAAACCGGACCCUCCAUCCCGCACAUUCUCCGCAUCGAGGCGUCUCGGUGGCGAUAGUUCCUCGCAUGGGAGUAGAAAUCCUUUCAAUGCGAUUUCCCCUUUGGCAACUACCGCUUUAGCCUCACCUACUACUGCCGGGUCCUCAGCAUUUGGAUUGGGGUCCGGGGCUUUCGCCUCCUUUGGCUCCGCGACCAAGACUCCCAAGACGCCGGGGGCCGCGUUCGACUUCAAAAACGCAGUGACGCCUAGCACGCCUGCGGACAAGAAGGAGAAGCUGGUCACUAAAGGCUUGCAGAGCACGCAAAAAGAUCAGACGUCUCUGGCGCCUGUUGAGGAGCAGAAGGCCACAUCUGCCCCUCUUGAUCCGAGCAUACCAUGGCCGUUGAAGUACACGUGGGUUAUCUGGUAUCGGCCUCCAACGCCCAAGAACUCGGACUAUGAGAAGUCGACCAAACCCUUGUGUCGCAUGAGCACGGCACAAGAAUUCUGGAAGGUCUUCAUCCAUCUCAACCGGCCUUCUACGCUUCCAACCGUGUCAGACUACCAUUUCUUCAAAGAAGGCAUCCGCCCAGUCUGGGAAGAUGAGGAGAAUAAGCGCGGCGGGAAGUGGAUUAUGCGACUCAAGAAGGGCGUGGCAGACCGGUAUUGGGAGGAGCUGCUCAUGGCCCUGAUUGGCGACCAGUUCUAUGAAGCAACGGAGGAGGUGUGCGGCUUUGUACUCAGUGUCAGGAGCGGUGAGGACGUCUUCAGCAUCUGGACGAAGAAGGAUGGCAGCAUGAACAUGAAGAUCCGUAAUACGGUCAGACGGGUGCUGAACCUGCCUCCGGACACGAACAUUACCUGGCGCAGCCAUGAUGACAGUAUCGCGCAGAGGUCGGCCAUCGAACAGGCACGGCAGGAAAAGGCAGGCCAGGAGAAGCGGCGCGUGGUGUCGAGUGACGCCACUCAGCGUGACAAGGCCACCAGCGGCUCGUAGUACGGUUGUGGUUCCUUUUCAUUAUUACCCCUCCUGAGAUCCUUCUGGCAUGGAUAGAAGGCGUCCACCACCUUCAGCGAUUGGCUAUCGUGUGUAUGAGUUCACCAGACCUGGGGAUGUCCCGCCUGUAGGAGCUAUGCUUCUGUCAGGUCUUACG